AUGAGGCUCCUGAGAGUGACUUUUUGGCUACUCCUGUCCCUGCGCACUGUUCUCUGUGUGAUGGAGGUGCAGUGGUGUACGAUCUCAGACCUGGAACAGCAGAAAUGUGAGGACAUGAGCAAGGCCUUCCAGGGAGCUGGCAUUCGGCCAUCCCUCCUCUGCAUCCAGGGCACCUCCACCGAUCACUGUGUCCAGCUCAUCAAGGACCAAAAAGCAGAUGCUAUCACCCUGGAUGGAGGAGCCAUUUAUGAGGCAGGGAAGGAGCAUGGCCUGAAGCCGGUGGUGGGUGAAGUCUAUGACCAAGACGUUGGGACUUCCUAUUAUGCCGUGGCUGUGGUCAGGAGGAAUUCCAAUGUGACCAUAAACACCCUGAAGGGUGUCAAGUCCUGCCACACAGGCAUUAACCGGACUGUGGGCUGGAACGUGCCUAUCGGUUACCUCAUAGAGAGUGGCCAUCUGUCAGUGAUGGGCUGUGAUGUGCUCAAAGCCGUUGGUGAUUAUUUUGGGGGCAGCUGCGUCCCCGGGACAGGAGAAACCAGCCAUUCCGAGUCCCUCUGUCGCCUCUGCCGUGGUGACUCUUCUGGGCACAACGUGUGUGACAAGAGUCCCCUAGAGAGAUACUACGACUACAGUGGAGCUUUCCGGUGCUUGGCGGAAGGAGCCGGUGACGUGGCCUUCGUGAAGCACAGCACAGUGCUGGAGAACACUGAUGGGAAAACCCUGCCUUCCUGGGGCAAGGCCCUGAUGUCACAGGACUUCCAGCUACUGUGCAGGGAUGGCAGCCGGGCUGACAUCACUGAGUGGAGACGCUGCCACCUGGCCAAGGUGCCUGCCCAUGCUGUGGUGGUCAGGGGUGACAUGGAUGGAGGCCUCAUAUUCCAACUGCUCAACGAAGGCCAGCUUCUGUUCAGCCACGAAGACAGCAGCUUCCAGAUGUUCAGCUCCAAAGCCUACGGCCAGAAGAACUUGCUAUUCAAAGACUCCACCUUGGAGCUUGUGCCCAUCGCCACGCAGAACUACGAGGCCUGGCUGGGCCAGGAAUACCUGCAUGCCAUGAAGGGUCUGCUCUGUGAUCCCAACCGGCUGCCCCACUACCUGCGCUGGUGUGUGCUGUCGGCGCCUGAGAUCCAGAAGUGUGGAGAUAUGGCCGUGGCCUUCAGCCGCCAGAGUCUCAAGCCAGAGAUCCAGUGUGUGUCAGCUGAGUCCGCUGAGCACUGCAUGGAAGAGAUCCAGGCUGGGCACAUCGAUGCUGUGACUCUGAGUGGGGAGGACAUUUACAAGGCAGGAAAGGUGUACGGCCUGGUUCCGGCAGCUGGGGAGCUGUAUGCUGAGGACGACAGGAGCAAUUCCUACUUUGUGGUGGCUGUGGCGAGACGGGACAGCUCCUAUUCCUUCACCCUGGACGAGCUUCGUGGCAAGCGGUCCUGCCACCCCGGCUUGGGCACCCCUGCGGGCUGGGAGGUGCCCAUAGGCUCCCUCAUCCAGCGGGGGUUCAUCCGGCCCAAGGACUGUGAUGUUCUCACAGCGGUGAGCGAGUUCUUCAAUGCCAGCUGCGUGCCUGUAAACAACCCUAAGGACUACCCUUCCUCGCUGUGCGCGCUCUGCGUGGGAGACGAGAAGGGCGGUAACAAGUGUGUGGGCAGCAGCCAGGAGAGAUACUACGGCUACAGCGGGGCCUUCAGGUGCCUUGUGGAGAAUGCAGGGGACGUGGCCUUCAUCAAGCACACGACUGUCUUUGAGAACACAAAUGGCCACAAUCCUGAGCCCUGGGCUUCUCACCUCAGGUGGCAAGACUAUGAAUUACUGUGCCCCAAUGGGGCACGGGCUGAGGUAAACCAGUUCCAAGCUUGCAACCUGGCACAAAUGCCAUCCCACGCUGUCAUGGUCCAUCCAGACACCAACAUCUUCACUGUGUAUGGACUUCUGGACAAGGCCCAGGACCUAUUUGGAGACGACCACAACACAAAUGGUUUCCAAAUGUUCGACUCCUCCAAAUACCACAGCCAAGACCUGCUUUUCAAAGAUGCGACGGUCCGAGCAGUGCCUGUCCGGGAGAAAACCACAUACCUGGACUGGCUGGGUCCUGACUACGUGGUUGCUCUGGAGGGGAUGCUGUCUCAGCAGUGCUCCGGUACAGGACCCAAGGCGCACCGAGUUCCCCUGCUGGCCCUGCUCCUGCUGACCCUGGCUGCAGGCCUCCUCCCAAGAGCUCUCUGAAAGCUGCUGCUUCAGGCCACGCCCUGAGCAGGGAAAACUACCGAGAAACCAGGACGUCAGCUAACCCUGCAGGAAAGCGUUGGAUGCGAGAGGCAAGGUGAGAACUCACACACAAGCCUCCGAUGUGCGAUUCUAACCCAAAGAGAAAUUUCUAGAAUCAGGAUGAUUGUUAAGGCCAAAUCUUCCCACCUGCUGGAGCCCUCGGUACCUGAGGCGACUGGCAAGCAGCCCAGUCACUCCUCCCACCCUGGUGGCGCUAACAGCGAACCUGUGCCUCCCACCUGGAGCCUCCUGGCUGGCUGGGGCGUUGGGGGAGGGGGAGGAAAAGACCAGUUGCCAUGGCAACCGUGGAGCAGCUUCCAGCCUCUGCACCAGCCACCUGGGGAGGUGCCAAGAAAGGAGCACACCUUCAACCUAGAGAACCUCUGAGACACACUGCCACCCAGCAACCCCUGUUCUCGCUGCCCCACGGCUCUCUCCUGUGGACACUUGUCCACCAAGGCUUAGGCCCACGCCCUCGGAGAAGCAGGGUUGCUAAGCAUAUCAGCCUUUGUCAUUGUCUUCUGGGACACCAACCAAGGAGCCCAGCCCACUGGACAGCAAGAUUUUGCCAGACUGGGAUGAGAGGAAGGCCAGAGCUAUACUGUGGGGAUGAAGUCCUCCCCAAACCCUUAGAGGAAGGAAGUGCCCUACCUCCACCGCAGUAAGAAUGUUAGUGGGUGAGGAACUUGAUGCUCCUGUGGCAAGCAGGACUUGCCCUUCCCUGCCUGGACCUCACUACACCAUGAAACUGUUGCCUAGAAUCUAUUGUUUGCUCUCCUGGUCUCAGUCUCAACAUUAGCGUCUCCCUGUCUUCAUGUACCUCUUCCCACAUCACCACACACACACACACACACCUUAUCUGUGUGAACAUAUCUGCUUGCUCGAAGAAGCAUGAGCUAACCCAAAAUAAGGCCCUGUCAUGAACUGGGCCGAAGGAUAUACCACAAGCCAGGGGACUGGGAAGAGCCCUGUCUUCCCCUAACCCUGCAUGUGUUGGCCCCGUUGCAUCUUUCAAGAGGGUCCCUGGUUCCUGCGAACUGUGAGAGCCAAGGCCUAGGGAAGAGCCUCUUCUCCACCAUUUUGCCAUUGUUCUCUCGAGAACCGGAAAAAGUUUUCCAAAGCUCCCAGCUCUUACCCCAAAUCUUGCUCCCUUAAAAAUAAUAAAUAAAGAGGAGAAGAAAUAGGAGCAAGCAGGCCUUGUCAGCACACUGGAAGCAGCGUGGGCCUGGAGCUAUUUGUGUCUUGGUCUGUGUGGGUGGGGUCCUCAGGAUGCUGAUGACAGGCCAGGUUCCCAGUGGCUCGCCCCCACCUGUGGGCGAUGGGGACAGAUCCUUUACAUCGAUCACCAGUAGAAGAAGAUCCUGGCGGUGUCCCAGCCAGAGUCACACAAUCCUGAGGAAUCUCUGUCACCAUGCUGCUUUGGAGAGAAAGCCCCUCCCCUCCUCUCAGUACACAGCCAGCCAUUCUUGUCUGAGCUGCGGACUUUCACAGGGAGAAGUGUAUGUACUCUGUGUGGGCGACUGUGUCUGUGCCGUGUGCCUUUCAGGUGUGACUUUCAAGAGUGUUGUGUAAAUGACGUCUGAUGGCCAUGGGCCACUGCCGUGUUCGUGCUAAGGAAAGACGUUGGUUUCUUUUUAAAUAAAGCCAAACAUCCCUGCAUUCGCAGAGGCUUGGAUCCUGGUGGAAACUGUCUGC